AUGACUUUAACGGGAUGGAGGCUUAUAUUAAAUAAAGCACUAAUUAUACCUCAGCGAUAUGUCUUUGGUCUACUUGGCUUAUUCGCGUUGGCGAACUCGUUUACAAUGCGUGUAUGCUUGAGUAUAACUAUAGUCCAGAUGGUGAAGCGUGUACCUUCAGGGGAGCACAUCGUGGGUGAAACAUGUCCUGAUGAAGCCAUUUCUGUUACGCAGUCUUCCACUAACUCCUCGCUUGUUAUUUCGUCUCGAGAUCGAUACGACUGGGACGAAAGUACGCAAGGUUUACUAUUAAGUGCUUUUUACUACGGUUAUGUUAUAACGCACUUGCCUGGAGGACUUCUCGCAGAAAAAUUUGGCGGAAAAUGGACACUUGGAAUAAGCUUACUUUGCACUUCUUUAUCAACACUUUUGACACCUUGGUUUGUUGCUAUGGGAGGCGCGAUAGGACUUUUUUUCAUGAGAGUCAUAAGUGGACUUGGUGAGGGUCCUGUAACACCCGCGUUUGUUUUGCUAAUGGCUCGAUGGGUGCCACCGGCUGAGCGGUCGCGUUUCGGCGCUAUGAUCUUUGGUGGGGCCCAAGUAGGUAAUAUUGCGGGACCCUACAUAUCUGGGUUAAUGUUAGCUGACGGUGGCGAUUGGGCUAAUGUGUUUUAUGUGUUUGGAGGAUUGGGCGUCAUAUGGUUCAUAUUCUUUACUCUCCUCUGCUAUAGUACACCGAACGCGCAUCCAUUUAUUUCGGACGAGGAAAAGCAAUACUUAAACGCAAAUAUUACAGCUUCCGGUCUGCAUAAGAAAUUGGAUCCUGUGCCGUUCAAAGCCAUCCUGCGAUCAGCACCUUUAUGGUCACUUGUGAUAGCUGCUAUUGGUCACGAUUGGGGAUAUUUUACAAUGAUAACAGAUUUACCUAAAUAUUUCUCAGACGUUCUGAAAUUCAAUAUAAAAGACACUGGACUUAUGGCAGCCCUUCCAUAUAUUGCAAUGUAUAUAUUUUCUUUUGUUUUUGCGAGCUUCUGCGACUUUUGCAUUCGUAGGAAAUGGCAUAGUAUCACUACUGGAAGAAAAAUUUAUACCACCGUUUCCUCUACAUUACCAGCCAUCUUUAUUAUUCUGGCUUCGUAUUCGGGCUGCGAUCGUAUUCAAGCGGUGGGCUUAUUCGUGGCAUCCAUGGCUUUUAUGGCGGGAUUCUAUAGUAGUGUGAAGAUCAAUGCCAUGGACAUAGCUCCUAACUAUGCCGGAACCUGUUCGGCUUUUGCAAACGGUUUGGCAGCCGUAUCUGGAAUAAUUACACCUUAUAUGAUUGGUCUAUUGACACCUGAUCAAACAUUAAAACAAUGGAGAUUGGCUUUUUGGACUAUAUUUGCCGUUUUAAUUGGAACAAAUGCUAUAUAUUUGAUUUGGGGUUCUGGUGAACAGCAAUGGUGGGACGACGUUGAUAAGUAUGGCUAUCCCUCGAAUUGGAAACAUGGACCUCUCAAAAAAAGAAAAGAAGAUGCAGAAAAGAAAGUUGUGCAUCCAAAGCAUGACCAUUCUCCUAUAUCCACAGAU